CAACGCCCCCUCGCCGUCCACUCACGCGCUUGCAAUGUGUUGCAGUUGCCACAUGCCACCUGGAUGUUGCAGGAAUGUCAGCAGCCCGCCAUGCCUGCUACUCCUAUUUGAAUGAAAGUUGCAAGCGGGAGGAAGUUAGAUUGGCUAUAUUUUUCCCGUGUUGAUUUUAGCUGUCCGUUAACCUGUUUUAUUCGCGUGUUCGGUGUGUCGGUAGAUAAUAUUUUUCUGUUUAUUUACAUUUUUUUCUCUCUCUUUUUUUCUCCAUAGUUUUUCGUUUUAUUAUUUUUAUUCAUUGUUAAUCAUGUGACCGAAUAACAGCCCCCGUUUGACGUCCUUAAAGAUGGCACGAGCAUGUUAUUGAAUGGGAAACUCGACCUCAACGACCGCGCCUGAGUUUGCCUUGCGGGUCGAGUUAGCUGUGUCUGCUUUGGGACAAAGUGAUGACCACCAUGAUGGUAGGGGGCGCAGGUGCUUUUGGAGGCGGUGGCUUGGGCGUCGGCCGAAGGGGCCUCUCGCCUCCGUCAGGAACCAGCAGCCACAACCAAAGACAUUCUUCACCACAGCCGCCUUUGUCGCCGGCGUCCAGUGACUCGCCUACUUCCCCAGUCAGCCCUGGACGUCAUGGAAAUAAAGCCUGUGGUGUUUGUGGAGAUGUAGCAAAGUCCAUGCACUUUGGAGGGCUGUCGUGUGAUUCCUGCAAAGCCUUCUUCAGGAGAUCAGUGCAGAACAAUGCAUAUAAGGGAUUUACAUGUCCCUAUGAAAAGAAAUGUGUGAUUGCUGUGUCUUCAAGAAAAGCAUGUCAGUACUGCAGAUUCCACAAAUGCCUCAACAUAGGUAUGGAGAAGGGCUGGGUGAUGUCAGAGGACGAGCGACGCAAGAUGAUGCAACAGCGUCAAGAAAAGAAGCAAAAAGCUGAUAAGAAGCAUCAUGAGCCAAAGGACAUUGACAAAUAUAGCCUAAGUGAAGAGGAUAAUACAGAGAUACAGAUAAUUGUUUCUCUCUAUAGAAAAGCAUACCAAGAUGUUCCUUAUGAUACCAGUUGCCAGAAUGAUGGUGCAGCGGGUGUCAUGUCUCCUUGGAUGACAUUCUGCAAGAGAAUAGGAUAUUUCUUCUCACUCUUUAGGGAAUUCACUGAGCUCCCCAGUGGUGAUCAAGCAACACUUAUGAAAACUGCCAUAACAUCAGCUUGUAUCAUCAUGGGCUCUGUUGUAUAUGAUUCAAGUACAGGCAAAUGGCCAGGGAAACCUAUAACAAGGUCAGGUUUUGUUCCCAAUGUAUCUUCACAGAAUGUAAAGCAACUAGUGCCUUCAGAUUUGAUGUCACGUGUGGAGCAAUUCUUCAGAAAGUUUCAGCAGAUAUGCCCAGAUGAAACAAUGGCCAUGAUACUUAUAUUAGUGACCCUUUACUCUUCUGAACUGAUAGGUUUGGAGGCAAAAGAGACCAUCCAAGCUCUUCAAGACAGAUAUACACGUAUCUUGCACCAUUAUGUUGCAUGGAAAUAUAAGGAAAAGUCACACAUGAUGUUCCCCAAGGUCUUAGUAUCUCUUGCUGACAUUCGUGAGUUAUCAGAACGUACAUGUCAAAUGCGCAUCCAGCAAGGAUUUUCUUCCAGCAACCAAAAUAUUACAUCACUACUUCCAAAAUCCAAUCCUCAAGAUUCUUCCUCUGCAACACCUAUGGAUACAUCCCAAUCAGAAGAAGCAGCCUUAGAAAGUACAGAUAGUGGGAUGGUAAAUGUAAAGGAAGAAUUUGAUAUAGAUUGUAAUUCUGCACUUAACACUCCAGCUGCCCACAAGCGUGCAAGGUUAGAGGCAACUGGUAGUGCUCGUGAUCAUACCUACCAAAAGAUAUUGCAAAAGGUCAUGGAUCAGAUGCAUAGCUCUUUGCAUUUACGAGCCCCACAGUUGCUUCCCAUUGUCAUUCAUAUUGUAAAAAAGAUCAAAGCUGAAGGUGGAGGUGUUGAUGAUUCAUCUCAUACUACCAAAACUCACCAUGUCAAACAGCCAAGAGGGGGUACAAAACGGAGACAGGUUGAAGUCAAACAGGAACAGAUAGAAGAGGAUUGUAAUGCACAGUUCUCUCAAGAUUUACCUAACUCAGACCUGAAUGACCCAAUGUCUCCAGAGAUUCAUCAUACACCACACUUCAAUCUUAGUCAACAACUUCAGCAAGAUCUUCAUCCUCCACAGACAGAGGUUUUGCACCAGCAGCAGUACAUGCCCCCAUCAGCAGACAUUAAUUUAGGAUACCCAGCCUCCCCAAUGGAUUCAACAGAUUCAUUUGACAUGCUGCCCACAUCACCUCUUCAUUGCCAAAAUUCAGUUAUGUCACCAAACCUAAUGCUUUCUGCAAACCAUUCAGCUGAUGUCAGGCUGUCACCUCAAGUUCCACUCAUGGCACCUGUUGCCCCUUAUACUCCUCCUUCAGUAGUGACUUCAUCACCCAUGCCAGUCCAGCAGUUGGAAGUCUUUCCUGUCGCAGACAUGCCAUUGCCAUCUCCAAUGGCCGCUCCUUCACCAUACUCUGAUACUUCUAGUUCAUCACCACCUGAAAGCUCCCAGUCACCACUGUCUGAACUCUUCACAGAAGAGCUGUCAGACGUUGAAAUAGAUGUACUAACCCAGUUGAUGGACUACGUUUGUAAUUCAAAUCUGGAAAAUGUAAGUUCAAUCAAGGAAAUCAUACCAGAACAUCUCUUAACUGAACUUCAAACAAAGUUGUGCACAUAUUCCUUAAAACAAGAAUAAACAGGAAGACCACAAUUUAAGAAAAA